AAAGCCAUGAAGAAAGAAACGCGCAGACUCAUCGUCCGAACUUUUCUUUUUUUAUGCUACCUUGCUUUAGGAAUGGUAGUGUUCAGGAUACUGGAAUCAAAUAAUGAGAUGAUAGAAAGAAAGAAGGCACAAGGAGACAUUGAAGAAAUGAAACGAAAGUUUAACGUCUCUGACGAGGAAAUGCGUCAAUUUGUAACGGUCAUCGAGAGGGCGRCGAGAUACGGUUUUUUGUCAAACUGGGUUGAGAAAUGGAGUUAUACCGGCUCGYUGUUCUUCUCCGGUACGGUAAUAACGACCAUAGGAUAUGGCCACCUUGCGCCCGCUACCACAGGUGGGAGACUCUUCUGCGUAGCUUACGCCUUAUUUGGAAUUCCUAUCACGUGGCUCAUGCUGACGUCAAUUGGGAAGAAAAUCGUCGAGCACAUUGCAUCAUGGUUAGCGUCCGUUUGCGACUCGUGUGCGUGCUGUGAUUUAAAGAGUAAACGAUUUAGUUUUUUGUGUCUACUAGCUGCAAUUGGUCUAAGUUUCUUGGUUAUGACUGUAGUUAGUGUUGUAGGUGUCUUCAGUGAAAACUGGUCUUUCUUUGAGGGAUUUUAUUUUGCUUUUAUUAGCCUAACUACUAUAGGAUUCGGAGACUACGUUCCUAUGCAUCCGCAUAUUGACAAAAAAGAUCUUGAAAAGUCGUCGUUUAGAAUCACUUUGUUUAUUAUAUUCUGUUUGUUUUUGUUCUCGUUUGGGCUCGCAGUAACAACCAGUGUUCUACUAUCGAUUAGAAAAAUCAUGGAAGAUCAGACAAUACUUGAAUUUCAAUCACUGUACAGUUCGGCUUCAGAUGAAGAGGACGAGAAAGACGUCAAAUCUAAAGGUGAUGAUUAAAAAGUCUACUCGCCUCGUAGAAGCAUUACUGGGAAAUCUCAUGCUGCCACAGGUAGCCCAAAAAUCAUGGACGAACAUAUCAGGAACGGCAUUUCAGUAUCAACCAAGUGCACCAUGAUGUUUGCCGUAUAAAUUAAAACUUCUCCCGCAAUGAAUUACUGGGAAAUCACACACACGCUUCCAUAGGAUAUAUUAACAAAUUACCAUAUGCAGGUAGAUAUAACAGGAAAUUGGAAAAGGAAAUGCACAUAUUUAUAUAUUUUAGACCUACAGCAUUUGGUACUUGAUACCACAGGAACUCCAAAAAAGUUUCACUUAGUUCAACAAAAGAACAUACCACAAAGAAUUACUAGGACGGGUAAAACUAUUUUUAAAAGCAUUGAAUACAACUAUUCAAAAUGUCAUCACUGUUCCCAUAGAAAUUUGAAGGCUUUUUACGGUUAAGUAAGGUUAAGUUAAGGUUCGUCCUUAUUCGUCACUCGUAUUUAAUAUUCUACCUGACGAUUGGUCUCCGAGUUUUCACCGUCGAUGUACGGAUUACACCCGACAACCAGGCGACUGGAAAUCGAUUAGAGAAKAAAUCCUUUUGCCCAUUUAAUUAUAAUUCGAUUUACUUUUGUUUUCUCAGGCUUGUUUGCUGUUUAAAUUAAAAUAUAAAUUAAUAUGUGA